UUGUGACCAACCCUUCCAGCGUGUUGUUCAGUAAUUUUGUUACCUGAAGAUAAGAGAGAGCCACAGAUGGUCUCUUUUGGGGUGUGUGACACAAGCAGAGUAUCCAGAAAUGUGUGCUGGAGAAGAGAAUUGGGUCGACAAUCGGACUGUUUACGUGGGACACAAGGAGCCCCCCCCAGGUGCUGAGGCCUACAUUCCGCAGAGGUACCCAGAUAACAGAAUAGUCUCCGCCAAGUACACAUUUUGGAACUUCAUACCCAAGAACUUGUUUGAACAAUUCAGAAGAAUUGCCAACUUUUAUUUUCUUAUCAUAUUUCUGGUCCAGUUGAUUAUUGAUACACCCACAAGUCCAGUAACGAGUGGACUGCCACUGUUCUUUGUCAUCACUGUCACUGCUAUAAAACAGGGCUAUGAAGACUGGCUUCGCCAUAAAGCAGAUAAUGCCAUGAACCAGUGCCCUGUUCAUUUCAUCCAGCAUGGCAAGCUGGUUCGGAAGCAGAGCCGAAAGCUGAGAGUCGGGGACAUCGUCAUGGUCAAGGAGGAUGAGUCCUUCCCCUGUGACUUGAUCUUCCUCUCCAGCAGCCGGGGAGACGGGACCUGCCACGUGACAACCACCAGCCUAGAUGGAGAGUCAAGUCACAAAACACAUUAUGCAGUUCCAGACACAAAGGGAUUUCAAACAGAAGAAGAGAUAGAUGGCCUCCAUGCUACCAUUGAGUGCGAGCAGCCCCAGCCCGACCUCUACAGGUUUGUGGGCCGAAUAAAUGUUUACAAUGAUCAGAAUGACCCCGUGGUGAGGCCAUUAGGAUCGGAAAACGUGCUUCUUAGAGGAGCCACACUAAAGAACACCGAGAAAAUCUUUGGUGUUGCUAUUUAUACGGGCAUGGAAACCAAGAUGGCAUUAAAUUAUCAAUCAAAAUCCCAGAAACGAUCCGCUGUAGAAAAAUCAAUGAAUGUGUUCCUCAUAGUGUACCUCUGCAUCCUCAUCAGCAAAGCGCUGAUAAAUACUGUCCUGAAGUACGUGUGGCAGAGUGAACCAUCCCGAGAUGAGCCGUGGUAUAAUCAGAAAACCGAAGCAGAAAGACAGAGGAACCUGUUUCUCAGGGCGUUCACGGACUUCCUGGCCUUCAUGGUUCUGUUCAACUACAUCAUCCCCGUGUCCAUGUACGUCACGGUAGAGAUGCAGAAGUUCCUUGGCUCGUAUUUCAUCACCUGGGAUGAAGAAAUGUUUGACGAGGACAUGGGUGAAGGGCCUCUGGUCAACACCUCGGAUUUAAACGAAGAGUUAGGACAGGUGGAGUACAUCUUCACAGACAAGACUGGGACUCUCACCGAGAACAACAUGGAAUUCAAGGAGUGCUGCAUUGAGGGCCAUGUCUACGUGCCGCACGUCAUCUGCAACGGGCAGGUUCUCCCCGGCGCCACUGGCAUCGACAUGAUUGACUCCUCCCCGGGGGUCAGUGGGAGGGAGCGAGAAGAGCUGUUUUUCCGGGCCCUCUGCCUGUGCCACACCGUCCAGGUGAAGGAUGACGAUGACGUGGACGGGCCCAGGAAGUCACCAGACUCAGGGAAAUCCUGUGUGUACAUAUCGUCCUCGCCCGACGAGGUGGCCUUAGUGGAGGGUGUCCAGAGGCUUGGUUUUACGUACCUACGGCUAAAGGAUAACCACAUGGAGAUAUUAAAUAGGGAUAAUUACAUUGAAAGGUUUGAAUUGCUGGAAAUUUUGAGUUUUGACUCAGUAAGAAGGAGAAUGAGUGUAAUUGUAAAAUCUGAUACAGGAGAAAUUUUUCUCUUUUGCAAAGGAGCAGAUUCUUCAAUAUUUCCCCGAGUAAUCGAAGGCAAAGUCGACCAGAUCCGAGCCCGAGUGGAGCGGAACGCUGUGGAGGGGCUCCGGACUUUGUGCAUUGCCUACAAAAGGCUCAGCCCAGAAGAAUAUGAAGGCUUUUAUAAAUUGCUACAGGCUUGCAAGACGGCCCUUCAAGAUCGAGAAAAGAAAUUAGCAGAAGUCUAUGAGCAGAUAGAGAAAGAUCUUAUUCUGCUUGGUGCUACCGCCGUUGAGGAUCAGCUCCAGGAGAAAGCUGCCGACACCAUAGAAGCUCUGCAGAAGGCCGGCAUCAAAGUCUGGGUGCUCACCGGGGACAAGAUGGAGACGGCGGCAGCCACCUGCUACGCCUGCAAACUUUUCAGGAGGAACACACAGCUGCUUGAACUAACCACCAAGAAAAUCGAGGAGCAGAGUUUACAUGAUGUCCUGUUUGAGCUGAGUAAAACUGUCCUGCGCUGCAACGGCAGCUUAACCAGGGACAACCUCUCAGGACUUUCAACAGAUAUGCAAGACUAUGGUUUAAUUAUUGAUGGAGCUGCGCUGUCUUUAAUAAUGAAACCCCGAGAAGAUGGCAGCUGCAGCAACUACCGAGAACUGUUCCUGAACAUCUGCCGGAACUGCAGCGCUGUGCUGUGCUGCCGGAUGGCCCCUCUGCAGAAGGCCCAGAUUGUUAAAUUAAUCAAAUUUUCAAAAGAGCACCCUAUUACAUUAGCAAUCGGUGAUGGCGCAAAUGAUGUCAGCAUGAUCCUGGAGGCCCAUGUGGGCAUAGGUGUCAUUGGAAAGGAAGGUCGUCAGGCUGCAAGGAACAGUGACUAUGCAAUACCUAAAUUUAAGCAUUUAAAGAAGAUGCUACUCGUUCAUGGGCAUUUUUAUUACAUUAGGAUAUCUGAGCUUGUGCAAUACUUCUUUUAUAAGAAUGUCUGCUUCAUUUUCCCUCAGUUUUUAUACCAGUUCUUCUGUGGGUUUUCACAGCAGACGCUGUACGACACCGCCUACCUGACACUGUACAACAUCAGUUUCACUUCCCUUCCGAUUCUCUUGUACAGCCUGAUGGAGCAGCACGUCAGCAUGGACACACUCAAGAGGGACCCUUCCCUCUACAGAGAUAUCACCAAGAACGCUCUACUCCGCUGGCGAGUGUUCAUUUACUGGACAUUCUUAGGAGUAUUUGACGCUCUGGUAUUUUUCUUUGGUGCUUACUUCAUGUUUGAAAAUGCAUCUGUGACCAGCAACGGACAGAUAUUCGGAAAUUGGACCUUUGGGACGCUGGUGUUCACUGUGAUGGUGUUUACCGUCACACUAAAGCUGGCAUUAGAUACACACUACUGGACUUGGAUAAACCACUUUGUCAUCUGGGGGUCGCUGCUAUUCUACGUUGUCUUUUCCCUCCUCUGGGGAGGAAUCAUCUGGCCAUUCCUCAAUUACCAAAGGAUGUACUAUGUGUUCAUCCAGAUGUUAUCCAGUGGCCCUGCCUGGCUGGCCAUCAUCCUGCUCAUCACGAUCAGCCUCCUUCCCGACGUUCUCAAGAAAGUCCUGUGCAGGCAGCUGUGGCCCACCGCCACCGAGAGAGUCCAGGACAUGCCCACCCAGAGUCAGGACCUCUUUGAAGUCAGCCGUUUCGUCUCUCUGCACAGCCCCCACACCUCGGCCAUCUGCCCCACACAGGUGACGCUAACGUGCCCAGAGAGCAAGGAGUGCUCGGUCCUCCCUCCCAGGGUCUGUGUCUCAGACACCUGUCACCAUCCCAGCGGGAAACCCUGCUGCCAUGCCCCCUGCAGGGAGGCAGGUGGCGAACAGAUCACCAGUUCAAGCCUUUAAGAACCGCACGCGGGUGUGCGCCGCGCACGCCGGUGCUGUUCCUCUGCCCCCAGAGGAGGAAGAAGGGGCACAGGACCCGUCUGGAGUGUGGAGGCUGGCGGUCUGCGUUGUCAUUUCCCACAGGCCUGGUGGCCUCGGGCAUUUCGUUGGGCUGCUAAAAAGAAGGCGUGCACAGGGCCUGCUACAUCCGUCCCAGGUCAGGUCUCUGUCUGCGCCCUCCGUCAUCUCCGCCACACGCAUCCCCAAGGAGGACGCCUGCUCGGAGAUGGGCUCCAGCUCUGAGCGGGAGGCAGUCACCCCCACACCGUCCUGGAAGCACAGACGUGACUCUCCCUGCGGAACCGAUGGUCUGGCCGCCGCUUCCUUCUCCAGAGCCCGCUGAUACUCCGCUUGCGGCACAGACACCGGAGUAAUCGUGCAUCCAUCCCCCAUCGAGUCGCCUGCUGUGCUGUUGCUUUUGUUCAGAACCCUCCACAUACUGAAGCUGAUUCUUAGGGUUGCGUCUGAUUCAAAGUUUGUUUCUCUGACGGAGAUGUGACCCCUGUGUUCUGGACUCUGUGUGUGUUCCCAUGUCUCUCCCUUUCCCGUUCCCUUGGAGAGAAGAGUACUCGCGUAGGAGGAACGGGCGGUACUGUCCAUCGAAGCUUUCCCAGUACCAGUUUUGAGAUAUUUAUCUUUGCCUCCCAGGGUGAGGCGUGUCAGUUUACUCUCUAUUUCGUGGGGGCUAGGGGAAGGGUGGUGGUCUCUUUCAGCGCCCUCACAGAGAGGUGGCCUCAAGGGGCAGUGUUCAUCUUCCAAAAUCUAUACAGGCCCGCGCGGGUCUGCCCCCGAGAUGGCCUGUGGGUUCUAAAAAGCAAUAUCGCCACUCUAGGCGGCCACCGCCCUGGUAGCUCUGACCAAAGCUCUCGCUGAGCUUUCUGUUCGGCCUCUGCCUGUGCGUGCUGUCCAGUGGGUAGACCAUCAGGAGGCUGCUGAGUUCAAGUUCUGUCACUUUCCUGCACUGGCGUUUCUAUUUCUAGGAAUAACCUAGUUGACAUUAUAGCCUUAAUGGUCCAUAAGGAAGACAUUUCAGUGUGAGAUUCAAACUUGAAACGUUAAAACUGAUGCCUUUUUAGAAAAGUGUCACCCGGAAAGUAACCUAAAAGCAGCAUCCUGGCCCGCUGGCCGAUCUCACGCUGUGGAGUUGGGGGACGUUGGUCAGUGAACCCCAAGUCUGCUUCCGAGAUGCUGGAUGUUACAUAGUUUUGGAAGUUCAAAUUUUACAAUUUGAUCGUAUAAUGUUUCACCUAAAGUAUUUAUUUGAUGUAGGGGAUAAAGUCACAGUGUGAACAGUGAACAGUGAACACAGAGUAGGUGGGACGAAUUGAGGGGAAGUGUGAACACCAUACCAAAGACUAGGUAACGAAAGUCUGGUGCCCUGUCCGUCCUGAGGGUCGUCCUCACCACACCCACCCGUCCCAUCCUGUCUUCCUGACACUCCCCAUGUUCUGUGUGUGGUGGCAGCCCUUGGCCGUUCUGAUCCAAACUAGACCCUGCAAACAAUGGUGUGCACAUUUUUACAACCGUUUUUAAGAACCUAAUAUGGGUAUAAAUGUAAUACCUGUAGGGGGGACAGAUUCUGUGUAUGUUUAGUUAACAAAUUCUUUGUAAUGUAUUUUUUUAGGAAUCUUAAAAUUGCCUUUGCACUGAAGUAUUUUCAUAGCUGUUUAUAUCUCUUAUUCGUUUAUUUGUCAACAUACCAUAUCUAAUUUUUAAAGUAUGUUUUUAAAGCUUUUUAUUUUUUAAGUUGAUGAAAUUUUGGCCACUUUAAAUUCUGGUGAGAGUUUUGGCUGAAUGUCUCGAUAUCUGAUGAAUGUGAAUUUUCAGGUUUGAUUUUAUUCUCUACACCUGUUCGUUUUUGGUGUUUCUGGUGGCGGUGAUUCGUUGGAAGGCAUAUUCAGAGUGUAAUAUUUUGCUAUGCUUGUUCUUCACAGUUCAUUGCAAUUUCAUCUGCUUUUUGUUUUGUUUUUAAUUUCCAUCUUUCCGCCUUAAAACAGAAGCUUCUUA